AUGCCGCUACGAUCACCGGAUGAGGAUGCCUGCCGAUUGCGUACGUCGGCAUUCGGCGAGCUCCAGCGGAGCGUCGAGCAGAGCGGAGACUGCCUUGUCAGCCGGAUGCGCGACUGGGAGCGCGAGCACGUUCAUCCAGGCCCUGCACCAUCACCCGCCGCGUUCGUGGGCGAGAUGGAACGUGCAUCCAGUGUGGCGCCGACACCGUGGGCAGUCCCUGAACCGGACCUAUACGAUGACGAGGAUGACAUACAGAUCGUAUCCGGUGACCUCGUGUCUGAUGGGGCCUCCGAGUUGGGAUCAAGGGUGGGAGAUGAUGGGGAGGACGAGAUGGAUCUGGACCAGCCGGUCUAUAGCGCUCCCCACGACGCUGUCGACGCGCGGUUAUCCUCCCCCGGCCACGACAGCUAUUACACACCCUCCGGAUAUUCCACCGACGACGAGUCGCCUGCGCUCUCGUCUUCGACAUCGAGCUCGAUUAGCUCCUCACUCGUGUCCCUACCGGCCCAUCCGGCGCCCUUCGUAGAUUCCUCCGUCCUCGGUGGUCACCCGUUCUUCUCGAACUCCCAACCGAACACGUCUCCCUCUGAGAAGGCAAUAGCCGCCCUUACUCUCGUCAUGGCGAACGGCGCCGGUGGGCUUAAUGAUUAUGGGGCCGUCCGCGCUUUGGAUGCGCAACAGACUAGCCUUGACGAGUCUCUCGUCGGAGAGAUGUGGCAUUAA